AUGGGAUGGGUGCGGGGACCCCUGGCAUGUCCCCGGCAGUGGCUGUCCCCAGCAGUGGCCAUGGCAGCAGGUCGUGGCCCCGCUCGCUCGUGGGCUGGGAAGCCCCUGGACCGCGGCCUCGUCGUCUGGUUCCCAGGUCCCCAGAGCUUCACCGGGGAGGACUGCGCCGAGCUGCACGUGCAUGGCGGGCCGGCGGUGGUGAGCGGGGUGCUGCGGGCGCUGGGGCGCCUGCCCGGGCUGCGUCCUGCCGAGCCCGGGGAGUUCACGCGCCGAGCCUUCCACCGCGGGAAGCUGGACCUGACGGCGGCCGAGGGGCUGGGGGACCUGAUCCGGGCGGAGACGGAGGCCCAGCGGCGGCAGGCGCUGCGGCAGAUGGAGGGCGACCUGGGCCGGCUCUACCAGCGCUGGAGUGAGACCCUCACCCAGGCUCUCGCCCACCUUGAAGCCUAUAUCGACUUCAGUGAGGAUGACAACGUGGAGGAAGAGGUCUUAUCCCAAGUGGAUGCCACCGUGCGGGGGCUGGAGCAGGAGAUCGGUGCCCACCUGCAGGACGGGCGCCGCGGGGAGCUGCUCCGCGGGGGGGUCCACGCCGUCAUUGCCGGCCCCCCCAACGUGGGCAAGAGCAGCCUGCUCAACCUGCUCUGCCGGCGUCCGGCAGCCAUCGUGUCGCCGGUGGCGGGGACGACGCGGGACGACGUCCUCGACAUCAUCUUCAGGGACUUCUGCGUUGGCAAGUGA